AUGGGGACCAACUCGGUGUCCCAAAGGGAGGCGAGCCUGGAGGUUAGCCAGGAAGUCGAGGACGGCGAGGACUCUGGAAGGGGGUAUAUUGGGGGGGGGGAUGUCUCCCCCACCCCUACUUUGGGAAGAUUCUGGUCGGGGGGAAGAAGUAGGGUAAGACGUCUCUCUGAGACGUCUACUGACGAGUGGGGCAGUGUGGUGACGGACGGAGCCAGGAGCUCGAACCGGGACGAAACAGGGGGGAAUAUCAGGGAGAGACGGGAGAAAAGGGGUAGAGACCACCAGGACAGCGAGGGUGAGACGCCAGUGCGCAAACUGAGUACUUCCCGCCGUGGCCGUGGCAAAGGGCACUACGUGGGACUCAGCGCCGCCAAGGCGCAACUGGAGGACUAUGAGACGGUAUCUGAGACGGAAGUCCCAUACAGUCCGAAACCGAGACGGAGCACUGGUAGGCGUUCGCGGAGCCCAGUACAAAUGGGGGAGAACUCGGAGGGGUAUGAAACUCCUGGCGGCCGCAUCAAGGCCUGUGCGCGGGAGAUAUUAAGUGAUGCGGCCAAAAGUAAAAAUUUAAAAGGCGACAUACGGGGGAGAAUCAACUCUGCCUGUAGGGAGUUGAUGAGUCUGGCAGACUCGCUCGGUGAGUCCGAAGUUGUCCGCUCGCUUAAAGCGGACAACGAAAGGAUGAGGAGUGAGUUGGAGCACCUCCGCCUGGAGACGAAGGCUCUGCGCAAGGCCUUCUCUGAGCGCAGGCAGGCGGAGCCAAUCAGGGCAGGGACGGAGACGGAGACGCAAACCCUUCUCGAGGAAUUGGGCAAACUCAUGGAGGUCCGCCUGGGGAGCUUCCAGAGGGAAAUGUUCCAAUCCCUGGGGAACAUGGUGAAUGCCCGCCUCGAGAGUGUGGAGGGACGACUGCCGCCGGAGCCCAUCCGCCGACCACCACUGGCGGCUGAUAGGAGAAGGACGCUCCCGGACCAGGAAAUGGACCUGGAUGUGGCGGGGCACCAAGCGGAGGUACCCAGUGUCCCAAGGACACAAAGGAAGGCUGGAGGGGCAUCUCAAUUGGCCUCCCCAAUGGCGUCCAGUCAAACAGCAGGAGCGUCCCGAGUGGCUGAAGCGCCCCCACUGCGGCAGACACAGGCUGGACAGACCCAAACCAGGCCGGUCCCAAAACCAAGGGGCAAAAAACCCCAGCCGGCGAUCCCUGCGCCCAGGGUACCGGGAAGACAGGCCCGCCCGAGUGUGCCGCCACCUGCGCCGCCUACUCCCCAACAAGAAGGGUGGUCCACUGUGGUCAAAAAGGGCAAGGCUAAGGCUAAGGCCCCUCCCCAGCCCCAACCACAGCAAACCCAGAGGAAGGUGGCAGCCCCAAAAUUAGUGGCCCCAACUAUGGCGGCGGUUGUUGUGGCCCUCAAGCCGGACGCCCAAACCGACUACAGGUCGGUUAUGGAGAGGGCCACCACACUUAAGUUGGCGGAGCUGGGCGUGGACCACCUGAAUGUGCGCAGAACGGCCACAGGGGCGCGUAUCAUAGAGGUACCAGGGGCGCAGAGCAGUCAGGCGGCGGACAACCUGGUGGACCGGCUCCGGAGUCUUGUGGGCGAUGUAGCUGAGGUCUACCGGCCGGUCAAGAAGGCCGAAAUCAAAAUCUCCGGAUUCGACGAAUCCGUCACUCCGGAGAUUCUAAAAAAGGAGGUUGCCGCCAGAGGCAGAUGCCUAGAAGACCAGGUGUCGGUGGGGGCAAUACGGAUGGCGGCCAACGGGACCGGCUCGGUCAUCCUGCGGUGCCCACUGACAGCGGCCAAGGUAGUGGUCACAGCAGGACGCAUAGUCGUCGGGUGGUCUGCGGCCCGGGUGGAGGCGUUGGAACAGCUGCCUCUGCGCUGUUACCGCUGCAUGGGGACGGGACAUACGCGGCCUCUGUGCCCGUCUCCGGUGGAUAGGGGCAGCUGGUGCUACAGAUGCAGCAAACCAGGCCACAUGAGCAGGGACUGUUCCGCGUCGGCCCCCUGGUGCGCUGUAUGCCACCAUGCCGGUUUAAAGGCGGGACACGUGAUGGGAGGGCUAGCCUGCACCCCCCCACCAAUCAGAGGAAAGGAGGCCUACGCUGCUGGUCCUGCAAAUUCCGCAGCGGCUGCGCCCAGGAAUGAACCUGAAAACCGGACGGAUCAGCAGCGCAUGGAAAGUUAA